CGCUGUAAUACACUCCCAUUGUAGCAAAAGGGAGGGUCAGUUUGCGUUGCACUUAUUAGCGUGCCUGUUUGAAUAAAUUGAAUAAACGUAAGGACGCAGCGGAGUGGUAAAGGGUCGGGGAGGAAGGAAUAAGCUACUACAGUACUAGCUAGGCACAGAUCUAGAACUGUCGAGAGGGGUCGAUCAGCGGAGCCGUACGAUACAACCGGGGCGAUAGACACGGACUUUACCGAGAGAGAGCAGGGGUGCCACGGAGCAAGGGGGUUGGUUGACAGCUAGCUCGCUCGCUAGCAUAUUUGUAGCUAACUGGUCUUGUUUUAACAAUGAGGCUGAAAGUAGGAUUCAUCCUUCGUAGUUUGAUAUUCAUCGGGACGUUCCUGGGACUGGUGGUGCUUUGGUCGUCCCUCUCACCGAAAGCAAAUGACGAAAACCCCUUUGUAAAACGGGAGGGGAAUGUUGGAGCCAAGCUUCUGCCCAAAGCAGAGGCAGUGGAUGGAGAUCAGUUCAGACCGGUGGUGCCCUGGCCACACGUGGAGGGGGUGGAGGUGGACCUCGACUCCAUCAGACAUAAGAAUGGAGCUGACCGACAUGACGCCCAGCCUCAACAGAACAAGAACCAGAACCAGGUCAUCCAGCAGCAGUACGUGACCUUCAAGCCCCACACUAACGCCUACUCGGCCCCUGUGCUGAAGAAGGGCACGCUGGGGAACUUUGAGCCACGGGAGCCGGAGCCCCAGGGGAUCCCCGGGGGGCCAGGAGAGGGGGCCAAGGCCUUCGUCCUGGGCCCAGAGUACAAGGAUGCCGUGCAGGACAGCAUCAAGGAAUUUGGCUUCAACAUGGUGGCUAGCGACAUGAUCUCCCUGGACAGGACCAUCAGCGACAUCCGGCACGACGAGUGUAAAUACUGGAACUAUGACGAGAACCUGCUAACGUCCAGCGUGAUCAUCGUGUUCCACAACGAGGGCUGGUCCACGCUGAUGAGGACGGUCCACAGUGUCAUCAAGAGGACGCCGCCCAGGUACCUGGCUGAGAUCGUCCUCAUAGACGACUACAGCAACAAGGCCCACCUGAAGGAGCGUCUGGAGGACUACAUCAAGCAGUGGAACGGCCUGGUGAAGCUUCACAGGAAUGAGAAGAGGGAGGGGCUCAUCCAGGCCAGGAGCAUCGGGGCCCGUGUGGCCACUCUGGGACAGGUGCUGAUCUACCUCGAUGCCCACUGUGAGGUGGGGGUGAACUGGUAUGCCCCCCUGGUGGCCCCCAUCUCCCUGGACAGAACGGUGUGCACGGUGCCUCUCAUAGACUACAUAGACGGUAGUGAGUACACUCUGGAGCCCCAGCAGGGGGGCGAUGAGGACGGGCUGGCCCGGGGGGCGUGGGACUGGAGCCUGCUCUGGAAGAGGGUCCCCCUCAGCUCCAGAGAGAAGAGCACCAUGCAGCACAAGACCCAGCCCUACCGGUCCCCUGCCAUGGCCGGAGGUCUGUUUGCCAUAGAAAGAGACUUCUUCUUUGAGCUGGGCCUCUACGACCCUGGACUACAGAUCUGGGGAGGAGAGAACUUUGAGAUCUCAUACAAGAUUUGGCAGUGUGGAGGCAAGCUGCUCUUCGUGCCCUGCUCUCGUGUCGGACACAUAUACCGCCUGCAGGGUUGGCAAGGCAACCCCCCACCCGCCCACGUGGGCUCGUCCCCUACCCUCAAGAACUACGUGCGUGUGGUGGAGGUGUGGUGGGAUGAGUACAAGGACUACUUCUACGCCAGCCGCCCAGAGACGCUGACGCUGGCCUACGGUGACAUCAGCCAGCUGAGGAAGUUCAGGGAGGAGCAUCGAUGCAAGAGCUUCAAGUGGUUCAUGGAGGAGAUUGCGUACGACAUUCCUCAACACUACCCCCUGCCCCCGAAGAACGUGGAGUGGGGAGAGAUCCGUGGCUAUGAGACCAGCUAUUGUAUAGACAGUAUGGGCCACACCAAUGGAGGCAACGUAGAGAUAGGACCCUGCCACAGAAUGGGGGGGAACCAGUUGUUCAGGAUCAAUGAAGCUAACCAGCUGAUGCAGUAUGACCAGUGUAUGACCAGAGGCCCUGGCAGCUCUGCUGUCAUAGUAACACACUGCAAUAUGAACGAAUACACCGAGUGGAGAUAUUUUAAGGACCUCCACAGGUUCACCUACGUCCCCACCGGUCAGUGUCUGGAUCGGUCAGAUGUUCUCCACAAGGUGUUCAUCUCCGACUGUGACACAAGCAAGACCACCCAGCGCUGGGAGAUGAACAACAUCGUAGCCGUCUAGACCUGCGGACCCACAGUGCUGCGCACCCAGAAUACUGCAUACCCAAAUGACUACUGCCUGCAGAUCUACAACUGCAGCAUGCAGCUCUACUACUGCAGUAAGCACUUUAGUGCAGGCUCCAGACCACAAAGAUAGACUGUCCCAGCUGCAGAGACAGACUGCAGACAGGCUACUGCAGACACACCUUGUCGCAGAGCUGCAGAACCCCCACGGCUGCAGUUCCUUCAAGGCUUCAGUCUGCAGCUACCUUCUGGAACGCUCUACAGACACUCCCACUCCUCGUCUGGCUGCAUCUGCUACUGACCCUGUACAUAACCUCAAACUGUCUCUUCCCAAUCAAACUUGCCGCACACACACAGCCGCUGCCCCAGUGUAGGUGAUGUUUACAUUCUCUUCUCUCCAUCCUGUGGUUCUCUGGGGUUCUGCUCUCAGGGCUCAUGUGUUUUUAGUUUGUCUUUUGUUUUUCUUCUUCUAACUUAUCCAAUCAUGUUCUUAAUGGUGGAGGAUUUGAUGAUCAUCAUGCGAUGUGAGAGCUGAUCAGUGAAUUGUCAUUCAGAAGAGAACACUGCUAGCGGGACGGAGCCAGGGCGAUGGAGUCUCCUCUCCUCUUUCGUCUCUCCUGUCCGAUCUGGUGUCGAACUCCGGUCUUCUGAGUGAUGUUCAAGAGUCACGGAGCUGCCUGGGACUGCAGCUUAUCAGUAGCCCCCCCCCUGACUCCUUUACCCCUGACUCUGGGGGGGGGGGGGGAGAUGUGAGGAGGGAAGAAGAGGGGUUUUAUUUGUUUCCAGGUGCACAUUUUACACUGGGUGUGUGGGUUGAAGAUGAGGAUUGUGGUGGUGGUGAUAGUGAUGAUGCUUGUGAUUGAUGAAUGAAAAUUUGAUGAUGGUGCAAUAAAACAGAAACUGUGUCAAAUGUA